AUGAAAGACGGUCUCUCACUGUUCGAUCUCACGUCUGGCGCCUCUGCUGCCCCUACUGCCGAUGCUGACAGCACUGUUCGCUCACAGUGGGCCACACGCAAUGCUGCUGCCCGUCUUGCUGUGCGUAGUCACUUGCCGUCGACUAAGCGCGCGCACAUUAGUCAGUACAAGAGUGCUAAGACCUUGUACGACGCUGUAGUUGCACGCUACUCUUCCCCUGCCACUGCUGCCUUUUGCCGCCUCAUGCUGCCGUACCUGUUCCCUGACCUCGCCGCCUUUCCCACUGUCGCUGACCUCAUUACACACCUUCGCACUAGUGACACCCGCUACCGCGCUGCGCUUCGUGCUGAGUUCUAUGCCAAGAACCCCCCUCCCAUGUACAUCAACCUCUACUACAUAGUCACCUGGCUCCCUAACUCCCUUCGCUCGUUCAGGGACCACUUUCUCUCUGUUUGCCCCACCACACUCACCGUUGACCUCCUUGAGGAGCGCCUCCUGGCAGCUGAGAAGAGUAUAGUCGCUGUAGGAGCCUCUCGUGGUGACCCUCGUGCCCCCUUCUUUGAGGGGUGCUCCCCCUCCCCCCUUUUGCCCUCUGUUGCCUCUGCUGCUGCCGUCGACUUCGUUGGCACCGAGUCGGUCGGCGCUGCGUUUGCCCCUAGCGGGAGACGCCGCACCGGCAAGGGCAAGGGGGGCAAGGGAGCUGGAGGGGCUGCGCCAGCAGCAGCAGCGCACUCGUGA